AUGGCCCACGUCACCGCCAGCAUGCAGGCGUUCCUGCGCCAGCAGGGCGUCGCCGAAGAGGUGCUGGCCCUCUUCACCGCCGAGGUGAUCCUCGCCAACGCCGUCGAGGAGAUGGAAAGCAGGGGCCUGGCGGCUGCUCUUCUCCCGCCGGAUGCCACCGUCGUCGAUCAGGCCGUCCGCCAGGUUUCCCGUAGCUCCUCUCCGGUUUCGACGAUGGAGAUGGACGGGCAGCAGCAGCUGGGAGAGCAGCUCUCUCCUGCUCCCUCGCGCUCCCAAUCGCCCGAGGCCGCAGCCUCCGACGACUCCGACAGCGAGCGUGCCUCCCGCUCCGCCUCGCCGCAAGCACCCCCCUCCUCCUCCUCUGCCUUCCCCCUCGUGGAAGCCAGCCCCCUCGCCCGCCUCACCGCCGCCCCAAAAUCCGUCUCCCGCGUCCCCAACCCCAAAUACACCACCUUCCAGCGCGACGAGUCGGAAACCUUCCGCUUCCUCUCCACGCGCCUCGCCAGCGCCAUGGUCGCCCUCCACCGCGUCACACGCACAGGCGACGCGCUGGUCCUGGGCCAAUUCGGCGUCGAUUUCUUGGGGCGCGAGAAUCUCUUCACUUCCCUCGAAUUCUACCUCGGCACUGACACCGACGAGGACGAUGAAGAGGGGGAAGGAGGUGGGAUUUUUGAGGUUUCCGAGGCGGUCAAGAAGCCGCUUUGGGAGUUGUAUGAUGUUUUGAGGAAGGCUUAUUGUCGCGAGCAGGCGACGAAGUUUCGGAGGGCGUUGGAGCGGUGUUUUUUGGUUUAUGA